AAAAAAUCCCAAGAUAUUCCGAUUUUUGCGGGAAAAUGGCGACAAUUGGAAAUUGGCAAGCUGCUACAGAAAGUAUUUGGAAAACAAGCUCUAUAGAUUUCAUCGAUCAUUUAAAAAGUUUAAAAGACGAAAUCGAUAAAAUAGUAUUUAUGCACAAGAUGGGUUACAUUGGAGAUGUAUCUUGGCUUCAGUUUUAUAUGGAAUCGUGUGGAAAACUGCAUUUAAAAUCUCCCGAAAAAUCAAUACAGCACAGAAACUAUGGAAAUAAAUUGUUUCAAGAGAAGAAAUAUAAAGAUGCAUUGGAAUUUUAUACACAGAGUGUAAUGGAAGCACCAGAUAAAAACAGAGAUCUUGGUCUAGCUUAUGGAAAUCAUUCAGCUGCCUGCUUCCACUUAGAAUUGUAUCAGGAGACUAUAGAAUCCAUCAAAUUAGCAUUAGAUAACCAGUAUCCAGAACCUACAUCAUACAAACUGUAUCUGCGAUGGGCUCAUUGUCUAUAUUAUACUGGAGACAUGAAACAAGCAAGCAACAAAGUAAAUAUUGCAAAAAACCAAGUUUUGGAAAAUAAAGAACUGGAAGAAAAAAGAAAAGUUAAGCUGUUAGAAGAGAUUAAAGCAUUGGAAGAAAAUAUUUCUAAGAACAGAAGCCAAGAGGUAACUGAAGAUAAAGAGAUUCAACCAGAACUAUUCCAGGAAAGGAAUACAGUUCUAACACAAGCAUCAAGUGCUGUUACCAUGAAGUGUGAUAAAGACAGAGGAAGAUAUCUCCAGGCCACUAGUAAAAUACCUGCAGGAAGUGCGAUUAUUGUAGAGAAACCGUAUGCCACAGUAUUGUUACCAGACCAUUAUCAAACACAUUGUCAUCAUUGUAUUGGUCAGUUGACUGCUAUUUUACCUUGUAGGAGAUGUAGUAGUGUAUUAUACUGUAGUGAGACAUGCCGACAACAGUCUUGGUCAGUAUACCAUCAAAUAGAAUGUCAAUAUUUAGAUAUAUGUCAUUCUAUAGGUAUAGCUCAUUUAAGUUUAAGAAUUGUUCUUACAGCAGGACAUCAGUAUUUACUUGAUUUUAGAGACAAGAUUUCAGCAUCAGAAUUUUACCAGAAAGAAGAUAGAAUAGGAGGAGUGACAGAAGAAGGAACAUACAGCAAAACUUACCUCUCUGUAUAUGACCUGAUGACUCAUGCCCUUGACAUUGAGACAGCAGAUUCAUUCCAGUACACCUUGACUGCCUUACUUCUUUUGACUAUCCUGAAGAAAUCUGGUUGGGUGGAGAAGAAGACAGGUGAUGACAAAAUAAACAAUGAAAACACAGAUGACAUAACAAAGCUACAUUUUUCUCAGGAUGACUUCUAUAUUGGAGGACUUUUGCUACGACAUAUAGAACAACUUGUGUGUAAUGCUCAUGCCAUCACUGAAUUACAGGUCACCCAGACAUCUGAUACUUCAUUGGUGGAUAGUAAAAGUCAGGAGAGAGUUGCUACAGCAAUAUAUCCCACUACUAGUUUGCUGAACCAUUCUUGUAAUCCCUCUAUUAUUCCAGGUUUUGAUAAAGACAUGUUAGUGGUGAGAGUGAUAAAAGAUAUAGAAGUGGAUGAAGAAAUAUUCAAUUGUUAUGGACCUCAUCAUAAAAGAAUGAGUAAAAUGGAACGACAGCAGGCCUUGAAGACACAAUAUUUCUUUACCUGUCGAUGUCCAUCUUGUCAGACAGGUGAUGAACAAGACAUUUUUACAAGCUACUGUUGUCCGUUAUGUAAAGCAGUACUAAAAGAGAAUGAAACAACAUGUUCUUGUACAUCAUGUGACUUUACUGACCAAGUAACAAUGUUUUUAACCAAAGAGAAUAAGGCCAAGAAUAUGUUUAUAAGUGGUUUAAAAUGUUUACAGAUGCAAGAUAUUGAAGGUGCUAUUCAAAAGUUCACAGACUGUCUAAAUGUUCAGUUACAGGUUUUAUAUAAACAUCAUAAAAGCCUGGCAGAAACAAAGGACUGUCUUGCUCAGUGUUAUGCACUUUCAAAGAAGUACAACAAAGCUAUACCAUAUCUACGAGACAGUGUCUGUACAUUAGGGAAGCUGUAUGGAGACACUAGUAUAGAGUAUGCAAAUGAACUUCAUAAGUUUGCUGGAGUACUGUAUUAUGCGAAGGGAGUUCAGGAGGAGGGAUUAUCUGUUAUAGACAAGGCUGUUCAAAUAUUUAAUUUACAUUUUGGAAAUAAAUAUGAACUUGUACGAGAACUAGAAGAAAUGAAGAUAUGUAUGCUAGACAAAAUAAAAUUAGAAUAAAGAAA